AAUGAAAGAUAAACAUUAGUUGUAAAAGCUUUAUAUUUGUUCCUCUCCACACACCAGAGCCAUUCUUUGUGGUAAUGUUGUGACAGAGGAGGAAGACAGAAGGAAAGCACUGAUAUGUCUUAAGGCAAGUCAGUGACUGGAGCUAGAGAGAGAGAGAGAAUGAGAGAAAAAGACAGGUUGGACUGGUCAGUCCAGUGGGCAGGUAUUCUGAAUGCUCAUCGGGUGUGGUGAGAGACAGACGAUGAAGAGAUUCAGACUGAAACUGGCAAGAUAGAGAGCUGUGUAUUGACAGAGGGAAAAAAGUUUUUUUGCACUUUUUAAAUUGUUUUGGGGUUUUUAAAAGAUCGAAACUAAAGGAAUACCGUUAAACUACGAUCAUUGGACUUAAGUGGAUAUUUGGGCUUAUUGGGACUCAGUGAUGUAAACAUUGCUCUUGAGUUGGUCAGUAAAGGUUUGACAUCAGAAAGACCAAAGGAGGUGAGGACACACAACCGGAGUCAUGGCAGAAGCACCAAAGAUCGAACUCUUCAUCAAGGCAAGUGAUGAUGGUGAAGGAGUUGGCAACUGUCCAUUCUGCCAGCGGCUCUUCAUGAUUCUCUGGCUUAAGGGGGUUCAUUUUACUCUCACCACAGUGGACAUGAAGAGAGCUCCAGAGGUUCUGAAGGACCUUGCUCCAGGCUCUCAGCCCCCAUUCCUCCUUUAUAAUGGAGAAGUACGCACCGACACUAACAAGAUUGAAGAGUAUCUAGAAGAGACUUUGGCACCCCCAAAAUAUCCCAAACUGUGCUGUCGCUAUAAGGAGUCUAACAGUGCUGGUGAUGAUAUCUUCCAUAAGUUCUCUGCUUACAUCAAAAACCCCAACCCUGGACUUAAUGACAUGCUGGAAAAGAAAUUUCUGAAGAGCCUGAUGAAGCUGGAUCAGUACUUGCUCACCCCUCUUUCAUAUGAGCUGGACAAGAACCCAAAUCUGACUCAGUCCAACCGAACCUACCUGGAUGGAGAUUCACUCACUCUUGCCGACUGCAACCUUCUCCCCAAACUACAUAUUGUCAAGGUGGUGUGUAGGAAAUAUCGUGAUUUUGGGAUCCCUGCAGCCCUCACUGGUUUGACUAAAUACCUGGAGAAAGCCUACCAGCGGGACGAGUUCCGCUACACAUGCCCCAAUGACGUAGAGAUCCUGCUGGCCUACCACUCGGUGGCCAAAUAUCUCAACAAGUAGAUCGAGUAUAGCAGUGGAUGGGUGGGGCUUGGGAAUGGAGUGGUUCAGGGCAAGCCUGAAUCAUAUGUCUCGUAAAUAAAAUUCUGUAUUGGAGGUUUCAAAUAACCUGUGGUUUGUAGGUGGUGGUUCUUUUUGUACAAAUGAGACAUUAUGCAUAUUGUGAGUAUUUGCUGCCUUCUUUGUUUCAUAUUAACAUUUUUAUCUAUUUGUUAUUAUUACUUUUGGCCAUAUUCUCUGCAUAUGUGAAAUUAUUUGUCUGUACAAAUUACAGUGUAAAUUUUCCAAAUUGAAAAAAUAAUUGUAACCAUUUGAGGUUUCUAUUGGUUCCCUGUAAUUGCUAUUGAAGGUAUGUUUAUGGGUUAUCACAGUGGAAAUGGUCUUAAUGGUUUAAGUGGUGAUGAGUGUGAAGUUGAAGGUGUCCUACAGGAGUCUGCUGGUCUUUGUGACGAGAUUGCUGUAGAAAGCUGUUGUUUAAUGGUGAUUUAAUGUACCUAAUAGACUUUGCUUCAGUUAAUCUAGACUGCAGGCUUUCUUCAAUAAAGCGUUCAUGGAUAUUAAUACAGGACUUGCACAACAUUAAUACACAGCAGUUAAAUUAAUUGGGUGGCACAGAGACACAGCAGGAAGUGUUGCUGUUUCACAGCUGCAGAUUUCUUAGUUUGAUUUUACUGUCUGUGUAGAAUUUUGCUUGUUUGCCUCAUAUUCAUGAUGGGUUUCCUAGAAUAUUUUUCUUUGCCAGUAGGUAGAUCAGCUUUGCUAAAUUACCCAUAAGCGUAUAAAAGGAUGCAAUGUGAACUCCGAAGUGCAGGCAACCAGGGCGUAUUUCCAGGUGUCCUCCGAGGAUAGACUCUGGAUCCACAGCUACCUUCAUCCUUCAAGAUAACGCAGCAACUGAACAACCAUGAACAAUUUCAAUCAGAUUAGAUAUAUCUGAGAUCUGUAACUAAAUCAAGAAUGUGGAAGAUGUGGGAAAAUGUUCAAUGUAAACUAUUAGGGCGGUUACCUUUAAUAAUAUAUAUUUUAUUCUUCUUUCAUUAACAAGAUUACACAUGCCAUUCAAUUCUAUGUAAGACAAAAAAAAACACUGAAGCAAAUUUAAGAGUAAAUAAAAUGUGAAUUUUAAAA